GCAGAGCUAGGCAGACCUAGGCAGACGUCAGAGCUAUCAGAGCUAUCAGUCGAGCACGCCGACACCGAACAUCCGGGAGACCAAGACAAGCAGCUGUCGCCAUGUUCCGAGCGGCCGCCGCCGGGCCCUACGAUGAGGCCAUCAACAAGGCAACCGACGAGAACCUCACGUCGGAAGACUGGGGCGCCAUCAUGGAGGUCUGCGACCGCGUCUCCGGCGACCAGAACGGGCCGAAGGAGUCGGUUCAAAGCCUGAUCAAGCGGCUGGCCCAUCGCAAUGCCAAUGUCCAGCUGUACACACUCGAGGUCGCCAACGCGCUCUCCCAGAACUGCGGCAAGAACAUGCACCGCGAGCUGUCGAGCCGUGCCUUCACCGAUGCCCUGCUCAAGCUCGCCAACGACCGCAACACACACCACCAGGUCAAGGCCAAGAUUCUCGAGCGCAUGAAGGAAUGGUCCGACAUGUUCAAGUCGGACCCGGACCUCGGCAUCAUGUACGAUGCCUACUACCGCCUCAAGCAGAGCAACCCGACCCUGCAGCCUCCCAGCGCCCCGCAGAAGAACAGCCUCACCGAGCUGGACCGCCAGAAGGAGGAAGAGGAGUUGCAGAUGGCGCUCAAGCUGAGCUUGCAGGAGGAAGAGCGGAAGAAGCAGGCGGCGCAAGCGGCGCAAGCGGCAGCGGGACCGUCGGCGGCGGUCGGAGGCUCAGGGCAGCAGCAGCAGCAGCAGCAGGCAGCCCCCGGUCAGCCGGUGCCGUCCGGCACCACCGCCGCAACCGUGUCCCGCGUCAGGGCGCUCUACGACUUCGUUCCGUCGGAGCCCGGCGAGCUGGAGUUCAAAAAGGGCGACGUCAUCGCCGUCCUCGAGAGCGUGUACAAGGACUGGUGGCGGGGGUCGCUCCGAGGGAAAACCGGCAUCUUCCCGCUUAAUUACGUCGAAAAGCUCACCGACCCCACCCCGGAUGAGCUGCAGCGCGAGGCCCAGAUGGAGGCCGAGGUGUUUGCUGAGAUUAAGAACGUUGAAAAGCUUCUGACGCUGCUCAGCGCGAGCAACACUGCGCCACGGGAGGAGGAUAACGAGGAGAUCUCGAAACUCUACCACCAGACCUUGGCUAUCCGGCCGAAGCUGAUCAAGCUGAUCGAGAAGUACUCGCAGAAGAAAGAUGACUUUACCCAACUCAACGAGAAGUUCAUCAAGGCCAGGAGGGACUACGAGGCUCUACUGGAGUCGUCCAUGUCGCAUCCGCCGGGCCCGACCUAUCAUCAAUACGCCAUGCGUCCGCAGAUUCCUCAGGGUUACCCGCCCCCUGGACAGGGCUACGGCGCUCCUCCUCAACCGCAAGAUCCCCAGCGGUUCUACAACCCGGCGCCUGCUCAAGAGCCGUCGCAAUAUCCACCGUCGUCCCCUCCCCCUAGUAGUUUCCAGCGGCCCGGCCCCGGCCCCGGAUCCGCCCCGGCUCCGUUCUACGUAGCUGGGGCCGAGGUUCCGUCGCAACCGAGCCAUCCACCAGUACAGACCCCACAGCAGCCACCACCCCAGCCGCAGUAUGCGCAGCGCCCGCCGGAACAGCGGGUGCCAUCCGGCGGCAAACAGCCAGCGCCGCUGCACACGUCUGCGUCGCCACCUCCGGCGAUGCAGUACACCCCCUACCAAGCCCCGCAGGCCUCGGCACGUCCCCAGAGCACCUACGGCAGCGGGCCCCAGGAACUCUCCACUUCCGUUUACGACUCGCCCAUCGCCCCGCAAACCGUCAACCCGGCCGCGCCGUACCCGUCCUCGGCCUACACCCCCCCGGACGAAGACCCCUACACCGCCGCGGCCUCAACCAACAUCACCCCGCCGGGCGCGCCCUCCGUCACGACCCCGCCUGUCUCCGCGCCCUCCGCCCCGAGCCCAGACCACAGACACCCGUCAUACGGCCACCUCCCCUCCCCAACGCACACGCAGCCGCAGUACACGCCCUACGCCCCGUCGCAACCACAACAGCAACAACAACAACAACCAGCGGCCGGUGCGUACGGCGGAGCAUACGGCGCCGCCGCCGCCGCCGACGGCCCGCAUCCGCACGCGCCCCACCACCAGCAGCACGGCCAGUCCCGCCCCGCGCCGGGUCCGGGCCCGGCUCCGCUCUCCCCGCCGCCGCUGCAGCCGAGCGGACCGGCCUACGACGCCCGCCAGACGCUGCCCAGCAGGACCGCUGCCGGCGGAGCGGGUCAGCAGCAGCAGCAUCAUCAUCCAAGCCAGCCGAGCCAGCCGCAGUACAAGGCUUAUGUGCCGCCCGGAUCUGGGCAGGCACCGGGACAGGCGUCGGGGUUGGGGUUGGGGUCGGGGUCAGGAUGGGGCGUGGGGAGUGACCCGGCCGGAGGAGGGGCUGCGCAGGGCUCGUCGUCGUCGUCGUCGCCGCCUCCUGCUGCUGCUGCGGCGGGCGUGAGUGCGCCUUCGCCUGCGCCGGCUGGCGUGGCGGAGGGGUAUUAUCGCACUGCGGCGUACUAGGUCUGUCAUUGUACUGUGUGGUGUUGGGUUGGGUGCUUCUGUUCUGGGCUUGCGUGGGAGUGUUUUGUGUGUGUGGUGGUGAGAGACGGGAGGAGGAGGACGAGGACGAGGACGAGGACGAGGAGGACGAGGACAACGACGAGGACGAGGAGGUUGUGUUGUUGGCCUUGGGAUUACUGGGCUGGAUCUUUAUCUUGUCUUGGAUUGAACGUGCUGGACUUUUUUUUCUCUACCUUCCUUAAUGUUAUUUACCAAAGUCACCCCCUUCCCCCUUGAAGCUGCAGUAAAGUUGGCGUGAGGUAGGCUGGAGUCGGGCUAGGAAGUGAGUUGGUUGGUUUGGCAAGCCGGAGGAGGUUGUAAUGAUGGUGGUGCGUGGUGCGGGGAGAUCUUGGGGGGCUGCUUUGUUA